CCGCACAUCAGCAGCCCUGCUCCUCUCUCUCUCUUUCCCUCUCUCUCUCUCUCGCACAGACCCAGGCAGAGGUUGUACGUCCGCUCCGGGAGAGAGAGCUCACACCGCAUAGCGCUACAGCCGCCUGACACCGACAGUCCUACCGCACGCUCUUUUCAAAUGGAUGUCUCCUCCGUUCACGCCUUUUGACACCGGAAGGUGCUCCUGUAGCUGCGUGAGAAACACCUCGUCCCUUGCUUGUUUUCUUAGGUAACUGCCUUCUCUCGACGACACAGAGAGAGCCAUACUCACCCCCCUUUUCUUUCCAUCGUUAGCCCGCUAAGCUAGCUAGCCCGCUAACUUAGCGGCGAUACUUUGUAUCGAGUCGGUAUCAGUUUUCUGCCUGCGGACUCUUUGCGCCACGGCUGAUUGAGGUGACCAGUCACUCUAGGAGCAUGUAUGAGUGACGAGCAAAAGAGGAAGUGGGAUCUCUGAAGCUCCGCCCCCUCUACUGGUGGAGCACCCUGCACAUCUGACCAGAGACCCCUUAACUCACUUUGAAAGGAUGCGGAGGUUCGCCUACUGUAAGGUGGUUUUGGCCACUUCUCUGGUCUGGGUGAUGCUGGACAUGUUCAUUCUGCUCUACUUCAGCGAGUGCAACAAGUGUGAUGACAAGAAGCCGAGAGGACUGCCCGGGAGAGACGACACCAUGUCCAGACCACGAGAUGGGCCUGGUGAAGGAGGGAAACCUGUGGUGAUCCCUAAAGAGCAGCAGGAGAAAAUGAAGGAAAUGUUUAAGAUCAACCAGUUCAACCUCAUGGCCUCGGAGAUGAUUGCUCUCAAUCGUUCGCUGCCUGACGUCCGCCUAGAAGGGUGCAAGAACAAGUUAUACCCCGAUAAUCUUCCUCGCACCAGCGUUGUGAUUGUAUUUCACAACGAGGCGUGGACCACGCUGCUGCGAACCGUCCACUCCGUGAUUGACCGCUCUCCACACACACUGCUGGAGGAGAUUGUUCUGGUGGAUGAUGCCAGCGAGAGAGAUUUCCUCAAACAGCAGUUGGAGAGGUAUGUGAGAAAAUUGGAAGUCCCCGUCAGAGUCGUGAGGAUGGAGCAGCGGUCCGGGCUCAUCCGCGCACGCCUCAAGGGAGCGUCUAUCUCCACUGGCCAGGUCAUAACCUUUCUGGAUGCUCACUGUGAAUGCACAACAGGAUGGCUGGAGCCUCUGCUUGCCCGCAUCAAACAAGACAGGAAAACAGUGGUGUGCCCCAUUAUCGACGUUAUCAGCGAUGAUACCUUUGAGUACAUGGCAGGCUCUGACAUGACAUACGGAGGAUUCAACUGGAAGCUCAACUUCCGCUGGUACCCUGUACCUCAAAGGGAGAUGGACCGACGCAAAGGAGACCGCACGCUGCCUGUCAGGACUCCCACCAUGGCAGGCGGCUUGUUCUCCAUAGACAGAGAUUAUUUCCAGGAGAUUGGCACAUAUGACGCAGGCAUGGACAUCUGGGGAGGAGAGAACCUGGAAAUCUCUUUCAGAAUUUGGCAGUGUGGCGGGACGCUAGAGAUUGUCACGUGCUCUCACGUGGGUCACGUCUUCAGAAAGGCGACGCCCUAUACGUUUCCCGGAGGAACGGGACAGAUCAUCAACAAAAACAACCGGCGUCUGGCAGAAGUUUGGAUGGACGAAUUUAAAAACUUCUUCUACAUCAUCUCUCCUGGUGUGACCAAAGUAGACUACGGUGACAUCACGUCUCGCACUGCUCUGAGGCAAAAGCUUCAGUGUAAACCCUUCAGUUGGUACCUGGAGAACAUCUACCCUGACUCCCAGAUCCCUCGGCAUUAUUACUCCCUGGGAGAGAUCCGUAAUGUGGAGACUAACCAGUGUCUGGACAACAUGGCCCGCAAGGAGAACGAGAAGGUCGGCAUUUUCAACUGUCACGGGAUGGGAGGCAACCAGGUUUUCUCCUAUACGGCCAACAAGGAGAUCAGGACAGAUGACUUGUGUCUAGACGUGUCCAAGCUAAACGGACCCGUCAUGAUGCUCAAGUGCCAUCACCUCAAAGGCAACCAGCUCUGGGAGUACGACCCUCUGAAGCUGACCCUGAUCCACGUCAACAGUAACCAGUGUCUGGACAAGGCCAGCGAGGAGGACAGCCAGGUGCCCAGCGUCAGAGACUGCACGCACACACGCUCCCAACAGUGGCUGCUCCGCAAUGUCACACUACCAGAGCACCAGGAAUGAAAAAGACUUCCCUACACUGGGAUUUGGGAAGGAAGGAGGACAGAUUGGACGGUACUACCUCUGCCGGACGUCAGAGGGAGGAGUGCGUACAAGCCUCCUUAAAGCGAGAAGAGAGAAAAGCCUCCCUCUGAGAGAGACGAUGGCUGUUGUUUUACAUUCAUUUUGUUUUGGGGGUUUUUUUAAAGAAAAAAGAGAUUUUAACCGCGGAGAGUUGACUCGCUCACAUGCGCGAAUACGAGGAACUAACUGGUGGAGUCAUCACAGCUUCCCCCGGACAAAGCAGUCCACCGCUCAACUCAUCACUUAACGUUUACUGACUGCCUCUUACGAGAGUGUGUGCACUUAUUUGUGUGUGUGUGUGUGUGUGUGUGUGUGUGUGUGUGUGUGUGUGUGUGUGUGUGUGUGUGUGCGCGU